UCGGUCUCGUCAGGGCAGGAGCGGAUCCGAGCCGUGUCAUCCUCUUAGCGCCCUCGCGCCACCCGCCGCUCCCGCCCCGCGCCCUCUCCCGCCGCGGCUGCCGCCGCCGCCGCCGCUACCCCCAUUGUCGUCUCUGCACUCCCCGCGGGCCCAGGGCAUGCUCCGCGCCCCUGCGCCGGGCCUCGGCAGCGGCAGGCGACGCUCCGCGCCGGCGGAGACAUGAGGCGCGGCUGGUGGGCCACCCUGGCCCUGGGGCUGCUGCGCCUUUGCCUGGCCCAGGCCAACUUCGCUCCGCACUUCUUCGACAAUGGGGUCGGCAGCACCAACGGAAACAUGGCUCUGUUCAGCCUCCCAGAGGACACCCCUGUAGGCUCUCAUGUAUACACCCUGAAUGGGACAGACCCUGAGGGAGACCCCAUCUCCUACCACAUCAGCUUUGACCCCAGCGCUAGAAGCGUCUUUUCUGUUGACCCAACUUUUGGAAACAUCACCCUGGUUGAAGAACUGGACAGAGAGAGGGAGGAUGAGAUUGAAGCCGUCAUCAGCAUUUCUGACGGCCUGAAUCUGGUGGCUGAAAAAGUUGUGAUCCUGGUGACUGAUGCCAAUGACGAGGCACCCAGGUUCAUUCAGGAGCCUUAUGUCGUCCUGGUUCCCGAGGACAUACCUGCUGGGAGCAGCAUCUUUAAGGUCCAUGCCGUGGACAGGGACACAGGCUCUGGAGGGAGUGUCACCUACUUCCUGCAGAACCUACACUCCCCAUUUGCUGUGGACCGCCACAGCGGUGUGCUGCGCCUCCAGCCUGAGGCCACUCUAGACUACGAGAGGUCCCGGACCCACUACAUCACCGUGGUCGCCAAGGAUGGCGGUGGGAGGUUUCAUGGGGCUGACGUGGUGUUCUCAGCCACCACCACGGUCACGGUCAACGUGGAGGAUGUUCAGGACAUGGCCCCUGUCUUCGUGGGCACACCCUACUAUGGCUACGUGUAUGAGGACACCCUUCCGGGCUCGGAGGUACUGAAGGUGGUCGCCAUGGAUGGAGACCGGGGCAAACCCAAUCGGAUAAUCUACAGCCUCAUGAACGGGAGCGAUGGAGCCUUUGAAAUUAACGAGACGUCUGGAGACAUCUCCGUCAGGCAGAGCCCGGCCCAGCUCCAGAGAGAGGUGUAUGAGCUGCAUGUACAGGUGACCGAGAUAAGCCCUGUGGGCAGCCCAGCUGCCCAGGCCAUCGUCCCAGUCACCAUCAGGAUUGUGGACCUCAACAACCACCCACCAACAUUCUACGGAGAGAGUGGACCCCAAAACAGAUUUGAGCUGUCCAUGAAUGAGCACCCGCCCCAGGGAGAGAUACUGAGGGGCCUCAAGAUCACCGUCAAUGACUCUGACCAGGGAGCCAAUGCCAAAUUCAACUUGCAGCUGGUGGGAGCCAGGGGCAUCUUCCGAGUGGUUCCACAGACAGUCCUGAAUGAAGCCCAAGUCACGAUUAUUGUGGAGAACUCAGCUGCCAUUGACUUUGAAAAGUCCAAAGUAUUAACUUUCAAGCUCCUGGCAGUUGAAGUGAACACCCCGGAGAAAUUCAGUUCUACAGCGGAUGUUGUGAUCCAGCUCCUGGACACCAAUGACAAUGUCCCCAAGUUCAACUCCCACUACUAUGUUGCCAGGAUUCCUGAGAAUGCCCCAGGGGGCUCCAGUGUGGUGGCUGUCACAGCUGUGGAUCCAGACACAGGACACUGGGGCGAAGUGAAAUAUUCCAUCUAUGGGACUGGGGCAGACCUCUUCCUGAUCCACCCAUCCACUGGGCUUAUCUACACCCAGCCCUGGGCUAGCCUGGACGCGGAGGCCACUGCCAGGUACAACUUCUUUGUGAAGGCAGAGGAUAUGGAAGGCAAGUACAGCGUAGCUGAGGUGUUUAUCACACUGUCAGAUGUCAAUGACCAUUGCCCUCAGUUUGGAAAUAGCAUUCAGAAGAAGACGAUGGUGCUGGGGACCCCAGUGAAAAUUGAGGCCAUAGAUGAGGAUGCAGAGGAACCCAACAACCUGGUGGACUAUUCCAUCACCCAUGCAGAGCCGGCCAAUGUGUUUGAUAUCGAUGCCCACACGGGGGAGAUCUGGCUCAAGAAUUCCAUCCGCUCCCUGGAUGCCCUGCACAACAUCACACCCGGGAGGGACUGCAUAUGGUCCCUAGAGGUACAGGCCAAGGACCGGGGCUCCCCAUCCUUCAGCACCACGGCCUUACUCAAAAUUGACAUCACAGAUGCUGAGACCCUCUCCCGGAGCCCCAUGGCUGCCUUCCUGAUACAGACCAAGGACAACCCCAUGAAGGCCGUGGGUGUGCUGGCCGGCACCAUGGCCACCGUCGUGGCCAUCACUGUCCUCAUCUCCACUGCCACCUUCUGGCGCAACAAGAAGUCUAACAAGGUCCUGCCAGUGCGACGGGUGGUCCGCAAGCGGUCCACCCCUGCGCCCCGCACCAUCCGCAUUGAGUGGCUCAAGUCCAAGAGCGCCAAAGCUGCUACCAAGUUAGUGCUCAAAGAGAAACCUCCCAAUGAGAACUGCAACAACAACAGCCCAGAAAGCUCCCUGCUCCCAAGAGCUCCAGCUCUCCCUCCACCUCCCAGCAUGGCGCCCAGCACGGGCGCAGCCCACUGGACCGUGCCUACUGUCUCUGGCUCUCUCACCCCCCAGCAGUCCCAACCACCACCAAACCCCAAAACUAUAGGGAGCCCUGUCCAGUCAACUCUGAUUUCUGAGCUCAAGCAAAAGUUUGAAAAGAAGAGUAUGCACAGCAAGGCUUACUUCUAGUGUGUGUGCUAUGGUCUGCCCUCCUUCCUCCCCUCGACCCCGACCACCCUGCUGCUCCAUGCUCUCCUUCCUCUUUUCCUUAAAGUCACCCCUGUUUUGUACAAUGGUGUAACUCCCAUAUACAGGGCUCCGGUCAGGGCCUUGGGCAAGACAUUGCUUGGGCUAUAGGAUGCAAUUGGCAAAUACUUCCCCAUUACUCAAAUCCUUGGCAUUACUACAAUGCCCCCCAUUCUUCAGGGCUGGGAAUUGACAAGAAGGCAGCUCUAUGUGUCUUCUAUUCACCAACCCUGGACCUCACAGUCCCCAGAUCCUACUGGGAUCCCAUCAUCCUUAGUCAAGCAGCAGGUCCCUGGCCACAUGGAACAACGCUGACAAGAAUUUGGAUCCCGAUGCCUGCAGCUGAGAGCAGGAGCAGGAAAAGGAGGCUCAGCACUGUCUCAGGCUGGAGGUCAGCAAACCUCGUGGGCUGUAGGAAAACAAAUGUAGGUAAGGGGAGGGCAGAGAUGCACUGAAAACACACUGACUUCAGGACUGUGCCCGGAUGCCUUUGGAAAGAGAGCAUUCUGUCUGGGCAAAGACUGUGGGCCCUGGUAUGCCCACAAGGGACCAGGGACACAGAGGCGGAAGACGGACGCUGCCAAGAUUGAGGGCAGAUGUCUCCAGCCAGGACUGCCCUGAGUCCAGAAAUGUCAACGCUGGAGUUAUAGAGGUAACCCUAAAGGCAUCCAGAGGAGCGUCAGGGCCCCUUUCUGAGGAACUGCCCCACCAGCCAUCCUCAAAGAGACAACUCAGGGCCGUAGAUGAAUGUCAGGGCUGAGAUGACUUCCUUUCUUAUCCAGCUCUUCUGCUCACAUCGUAUCACCUUGGGAAAGCUGUUUAACUGAUCAUCCUCUUCCUCAUCUGUAAAUGAAGAAAUGUAUUCUAGAGGGAUUGUUAGUGAGUCCUGUCUGCCUCAAUUAUAGGUCUGGGGUGAGGACUGAGGAAUAUAAUGGUGAUGAGGGCUUUAACCAAGUGCAAAGCAGCAUGAAUGCGAAGUAUUUUUCUGCAGCCCAGUUCUCUAGGUGCAGCUCUUCCAGAAGGUCUUAGGAGCCUCAGCUACUCUGCCAAGCACCCCAGGAGGCACUGCUGGGCUUAGGGGGCUACCACUGGAUGAUGGCAUUGCCAUGACUCAUAUACCUCUCCUGCCGUUCUUCCCUUACCCAUCGCCACUGCGGUCCUGGCCAGCUACCAUCAGAGAGAACCAGAGUUCCAAGUCUCCAAUUUGCCAUGAUGAAGGAAAUGAGUUCCCAAGAGAGGAAUGAUUUGCCUGAGGCCAGACAGCAGGUUGGUAGGAAGGAUCUGGUCUAGCCAGGGCAGACGUCAGCUUGUGACAAGCUUCCCUAGGAGAGAAGUUAUACAAGGCCUCUGGGGUUAAUACAAACAGGUUGUGCCUUGCUUUAAGGAACCUGUUAUCAGGAAAUCUCGAUGUGUGCACAGAGAGGGAAAAGUAGAACGGUUCUUGGCAUUUGACUCCACUCACUAACAGCCCCUCUAGAAUACAUUGGUGAUUUUAUUUAAAGAGACUGUAUGCACAUGUGGCUCUCCUGAUUUCUGAGUCUGUGUUUGGAGGUGUUGCUGAGAUAUGCCAGUGUGCAGAAUUCUUGCUGGGACUUCUGCAGUCCCUGACUUGAACAGUAUUAAGCAAGAGAUGGACUCUAGCUAUCCAGGAGCCCAGACUGAGCAAACAGCUACUUUCCAGCCUGUGUUUCAGGAGAGGGCUGUACUGGAUAGUGCUUGACCUCCACAGGAAAUACAGCAUCCCUACGACUUGCAUGCAAUCAACCUCUUUUGUAAAAUGGUAAAUAAAAUCUGUUACCCAAAGACCAUGCUGAUCCCCUGCUCCCUGCUUUCAUUUGUGUUUGCUGACCUGUGGAGACCAGUCUUCCUGACACACAGCCAAGUUCAACUUGCCUCCUGGCUUCUUCAGCGGGUAGAUCCAUUCUUUGACCCCCAGAUCUGACUCUAAAGGAGGCUGAAAAAUUUUGUCCAAAUUGCCAUGCAUAUACCUCGAACAGCAGGACAUUUGCAGGCCUUGUCUACUGGGCUUUUCUCCCAAAUGGACAAGCUCAGGCAGGGCUUCUUGGAGAGGAAUGGAACCUGGAGCUAGAAUCAAUUACACACUCACCCACCUACCAGUGCAGUCCAGCAAUGGCAGGAAUUGGGAGGCCUAGGGUGGGCACGAAAGCUUGGGAAGCACUGUUGUCUCUCAGAUAGGGGUCAUAAAGAUCUCUGAGCUGGAAGCUCAGACUAGCAAGUGGACCCUGGGCCAAGGGCGAGCUCUUGGACAAGCUCAGGAACUUGAACCUGAGAGCCAAUAUUGCAAACUGUCCAUGGAUGGGGAAGUGCCCAGUAGCCAGCAUGAGCCACACGGGGAAAGAGGAGGAGGGUGCAGCCAGACCUAAGAGACCGGCAAGUGUGGUCAGCGCUGGAGGAGACCCCGCCAUUGGGGUGGAGCCAGCCAAGUCCCUGUGUUAAGAAUGGUGGGCCAAGGAGCUGCCUACUCAGUCCGAGUAAGACAGGUGGAGCUUCAAGCUGGCACCAGGAUAGGCCUCCAGGGAAAGAGCUGGGAGGCAGAAAUGGCAUGCUGGGCCGGCUUGCCCAUUCCUGGCCCUAAGAAUGCAGCUAUAGCCCCAUGGACAAUAAGUAGAUGUGACUCCA